AUGGGUCACGGGGGUCAAAUUUCUACCCUUAAACACUUCAACACUCCUUUCAGAUCGUGUUUCACAAAAUCUGAUUCAAAUUAUGAUCGAAUGAUAAUUCAACAAAACAGUUCUCGACCUAAAGGUUUUAUGGUAUGGGGUGGAAUAUCAAGUCGUGGUAAAACAAAUCUUCGUUUUGUUGAACCUGGUACUAAAAUUAAUUCCAAUUAUUAUAUUAACAAUAUUUUACAACCAUUUUUACGGCAAGAUAUACCUCGUUUAUUUCCAAAAAAAGAAAGAAUAUAA